CGCGGUUUUUUUCCCCUUAACGAGCGAAUGUAAUAACACACAUGAGAAGUUUUCCUCCGUUCACGUACACGUGUGAGGUUGGCUGUCAGCGGUCCGGCGUCGCUAGCUCGAGCGUUAGCCCCAUUAGCCGUGAGGAUGGUGGGAUGUUGCUAGCUAACGUCACACUCUCUCUUUAAAGUUAAGCUGUCACUAAUUGGUUUACUGACCUUAGUUGUUUUUUUCCGUUUUUAUUGGUUGACUCUUAACUGCUGGACGUUACCUCGGCUUCUAGAAGCAGAAAACUAACUUAUUGUCAUAGUCCGAGGACAUAAUGUGUACACAAAAUGUGCUGAAGAUUUACAGCUAUUUUGCAGAACCAUCGCAGUCCUUUUAUGGGGAGAGCAGAUGUUUAUCUCUACGGUUACAGCUGUGAGAGGAUAAGUAACAUUAACGCCUUUGCGACUUUUCACUUGACAAAGGUCGAGUGGUCACUAAACUCUCUAAUUGUUUAAUACCUGAAUACAAUGUAAAAACUGUUAAUUUUAGUUGGAGAAAUUACAGUAUAUUCAGAAAAAAAUGUUUAAUGUCAAGUAUUCCGGAAAUGUGUAACUCUGUUAAGGUGUAAAUGACUUGUGCAUUCUUUUGAGCAGCAUCACGGGUUUCUCUUAAUGAGAUCUAGAGGAGGCCUCUCACCGUCAGGAGCUUCACAUUUACUCAGUGAAAAGGAAGAUAACUCAGUUAUCUUAACGUCGAGUGAUAAGGAGUAAAUUGCUGCAUGCUAUCUGUCAUUGUGUGUGUCAAGUCAUACUUUCUUUUGUUCGUCACACAAAUUACAUGCAUUUCUGACAAUUAUUUAUAUUUAUCUAUUUCAUUUUUUUUUAUAUGAAACUUUGCGCUUUUCCAAUGAGGAUAAUUUGCUGAUGUAUACUUUGUUUUUGCGGCCUGUCAGUGAUAAAUCCUCUCCUCUAAAGCCGCCCCUAACCAAAGUUAAUUUUUAAAGCUUGGGAGAUAUUUGGUCACGUUACUGUGUGGUCAAAGUGUCCCGGUACAUACCAGAAUGAGACAAGAUCCACCAAUUACAUGUAUUUGGGGGAUUCAUCAUUACUGGGAAGACGGAAUCAUGUGGAAACAUAGUAACCACAGGGCUCUUCUUUUUUCCAUUGAAUGCUUGACAAACUGAAACCUUUUGUUGACUAAUGGAGUUACUCAGGGGUCACGUUUCUAUGGCUCCGUCCUCUUCGUCUCUGUUCACUCCCCCUCUUGGCUCCGUCUGUGUGUUGGAGUCAUUGCUGGUUGGCCAGUUCUGUAGGAGUUGCAUAAAGGUUCAGUCGGUCAUUUCAACGGCACCGUGUGUAUGCUGUAACUGCUUUGAUCAUCUAUCCUAAAAAAAAGUUUGAGAGACUGCACUUUGACGAACUCCGGUGCAAUGCUGCUUCUCAGACGCUGCCGCGGCCUGACUCUACUCAGCACUCGAAGGCUUCCAGUGGCUCCGGCUGUGGCAUCGUGCGCAGUGCGUUUGCGGAGCAGCAGCGCUGAGGACCAGGGAUCGUACCAGCGAGCCCACCGUCCAGGCUGGAGACACGCUGUGGCGGGACUGCUGGCUGGUACCGGCGCCGUACUGGCUUACGGCCUCCACCAACACAAGGCCGAGCAGGAGGCAGCUUAUCCCAUCUUCAGCCAGGAAGAGGUCACCAGUCACCGCUCUCUGCAAGAUGGCGUGUGGGUCACUUACAAAGGUGGCGUCUAUGACAUCACAGAGUUUGUUGCCAUGCACCCUGGCGGGGAUAAAAUCUUGCUGGCAGCAGGUGGAGCCCUUGAACCCUUCUGGGCGCUGUAUGCUGUACACAACCAGGAACACGUGCUGGAAAUGCUCUCAGAGUAUAAGGUCGGCGAGCUGAACGCAGAAGACCUGAAGAAGCAGAAGACCAUGCAGACUUUGGACCCCUAUUCUUCUGACCCCGAGCGCCACCCCGUGCUGCGCAUCAACAACCUCAAGCCUUUCAAUGCCGAGCCGCCCCCCGAAAUCCUCUCCGACAGCUUCAUCACCCCCUCUGCUUUCUUCUUCAAAAGAAACCACCUGCCAGUUCCUCAGGUGGACCCGGCUACAUAUCUGCUGCAGGUGGAGGGACUUCCUGGAGGACUGCUGACGCUGUCUUUAGAGGAGCUCAAGACCCGAUUCCCCAAACACACCGUCACCGCUACGCUGCAGUGUGCCGGUAACCGUCGCUCGGAGAUGAAUGCGGUCAAGCAGGUGAAAGGACUGAACUGGGGCAUCGCGGCGAUCAGUAACGCCACGUGGAGCGGUGCGAGGCUUCGGGACGUGCUGCUGGCCGCCGGAUACGGGCCCGAUGUGGCCCGACGGGCCGGCCAUGUUCAGUUUGAGGGACUGGACAAGGACGUGACUGGGACAACCUACGGUGCUUCCAUCCCUCUGAACAAGGCGGUUAGUGAGGAAGGCGAUGUGUUGCUGGCUUACGAAAUGAACGGCGCGGAUCUCCCCGCCGACCACGGCUAUCCCGUCCGCGUUGUGGUGCCGGGCGUAGUGGGCGCGCGCAACGUUAAGUGGCUGGGGAAGAUCAUAGUGAGUGCGGACGAAAGCAGCAGCCACUGGCAGCAGAACGACUACAAGGGCUUCUCCCCCGGGACGGACUGGGACACGGUGAACUUCAAGUCCGCUCCGGCCAUCCAAGAGCUGCCCGUCCAGUCGGCCAUCACCGCACCGGCGGACGGGGCCGUGGUCGACCGCAGUUCAGAAGAGCUGACUGUGAAGGGUUACGCCUGGAGCGGGGGGGGCAGAGAGGUGGUGCGUGUCGAUGUUUCUCUGGAUGGGGGGAAGACAUGGCAGGUGGCCCAAAUAAGGAGCAGCGAGAAGGGUCAGGCGCCGGAGGGCACGCCCCCAACGGGGCGAGCCUGGGCCUGGAAGCUAUGGGAGAUAACGGCUCCUCUUCCUCCGGGGGCUAAGGAGCUGAAGAUCGUAUGCAAGGCGGUUGAUAACAGUUACAACAUGCAGCCGGACACCGUGGCUCCCAUCUGGAAUCUCCGAGGCGUGCUGAGUAACGCAUGGCACCGAGUGAAUGUGAAAAUCAGAGAAGAUGAGCGCGAGGAAUAGACCCGGCAGUUUGAACAACAUUUAUAAUCCAAAAUGUUUACGCCCAAAAGUGUCACAAUAGCCAUUGAGAGAGACUAGCGGCAGCAGCUGUAUGUGUUCCCAAGAAACAACCAAACAUUCUAGCCCUCCAGGCGACGUAUGACUGUGUGAAUACUCUCCUUAUGUUUGGAAUGCGGGAAGGAAAACUCCUGUAGUUUCAGCCCCGCUUGACCAGCGGGAAUAAGAAUAAGUUUUGGGAAUAAGAAAAGUGUUAGAAAUACUCAAGUAUUUACAGCCAUGUUGCCUGUGAGAUUUGAGGAGCGUAAGCAUCCUUACUAACCCAAAACAGCUUUCAGACAUUCAUUGAUAUUUACUUCCCAAAUUUAAGUUGGAACGUUUGAGUUAAAAAGUGAAAUAAUUUCAUUUGGUGUUCGAAUAAUGAAUUUAUACAAAUUUCCUAAUGAAUUGACAAUUGAAUUUCUAAUGUAUACCAAUAGUGAUUCUUAAUUAGCCAACUUCCAGAUUUGCUAAUGAAUAUUUAUUUAUUUAAUAAAAACAUAGUAAUAAAAACGUUUCACUUUGUGUCCACUUCUGUCCGAUGACCUGUAACUGUCAUACACAAGACAUGACCAGCCAAAACGGUAAUUCAAUUUCUCUUCGUCACUUCACUAUUCAUCUCGCAUUAUGUGUUAAUAAUGCAUAUUUUUGUAUGUGUCUCAAUCCUAUGCAGUAUUUGAUUUGACCACUAGUCAAGUUUUGUGUUGUUUUUUUCAGCUGGUGGAGUGUGUUUGGAUAGAAUAUAAGAUGGUCAAGAAUUAAAGGAUAUCAUACCACUGAUAUUUAUUUGUGAGAAUUAAUUAUGAGAAUUAUGGAGCUAUUUAAUCUGGUGAGGUAGAAGUUGGGGAGAAGAUUGGUUAAAAGGCCAAAAGUGAGAAACCAACAUCACCAAAGUUUUGUUUGCCACUUCUUUGUGAUCAGCAGGUAGAUGUUUCAAUGACUUAAUAGUAACAAAUCCAACUGACUUAGUAUGAAAUGUCUCAUUUAUGUAACAAGCAGCAUUAUUUGAAGCAAAAUAAUAUAUAGUUUGUAUUUGACUCAGAAGUUGAGAGCGGGCUCAUGUGGUCAGUGGGUUUACCAACCUAAACUAGAACAAAGCGGAAGUCUGGUGACAAUAAUUUACUUUCACGCCGGUCUGAAGUGAACAUUUGAGUCAAUAACUUCUCAAUUUGUAGAAAAGACAUACAUUUUUGUAGUGUGCAUUGACAUUCUCAUUGCUGAAGAUGCGCUCAGUAUAUCAGAAAGGUUGAAGUAACUGUAGAGCAAUUUCUGUGGUGCACAUCAUAGUGUGCUGUGAUCUGUGUCCACCAUUGAGUUUGAGUUUCCAUCCACAGUAUCAACACCUCAGUGUCGGUGUGCUUUUUCCACGACACUCUGCAGAAUUCAGGUCACCCUGUGACCACAGUUUUACCCUCACUGCUUUGUGUGAAAUGUACAUUAUUACAGAUGAUGAAUAAAGACUUUGUAAUUAUA